AUGGACAGUCUAUCAGACAUGCACGGCGGGAAAUCGCUAACUGGAGAUCGUUCGCUACUUCUGGAACUUCCCCGCGAGUUGCGCGACAUCAUCAUAGACUAUGUAGUCUGUUCCCUGAAUAUCCCACCGCCAGCGGUACGCCACGAUCCACAAACAUCUCACAGCUUGCUAGAGAAUGUUAUCAUACCACCAUUACGGGCGAUCCUGUAUCCUCUACUCUACACUAGUUGCCAACUACGUGCCGAAACCUUGCAGCGUAUCGAGAAGACAGAUGCACCGAUCGUAUUAGACUUGCUUCUCCUGGAAGACGGCCAUGGCCAGUGUACGUGGCUAAACGGACCUUCUAAACUAGGACACCUGAACAAGAUUAAUAUGGAAGUCCGAAUUAGAACACGCCCUGUAAGCAGAGAGCUCUUUCGUGCGCGCCUGGAAAAGGAAAUAGAACCCUUUUCAGGGUUUACAUCCACGAGACACCGACAAAGGAUGCAUAGUAUCGAGAGCCACGUACAAUACCUCAUAGAAUCGACGAUCCGUACAGCCGUACUGGGUAUCCUGUUCGACGACGGGCUCAAUGUUGAAGAACGACACAACUGCGUCAGCGAGAUGGCAGACACUUACCAACCCGUCAACUCGAUCGCGAAACUAAGGACCAGGAUUAACUUCGCGGUCGACGAGAAUGGCAAUGAGAUGCGGAUCCCUGACGAACAAAACUCACGACAUUGGUUCCAGCCCAACUCUCUCCCUCAGGUUUUCACGGCGAUAAUAGCAAACAACCUGUACCACCAGUUUCUCGAUCAUGGUCUAUUGUGGAGGGCGGCACGCUAUGGAAAAUUCGAGCUUAUAUGUAGACCACUGCUUACCCACACGGGAAAGAUGUCGAUUUACUGCGGUGAUGACAAUAUCUGUAGCCGUGGUUGGGAUGUUGGCGAGGCUUUAAGAAACAACUUUACUGUAGUGGAUGACGACGAUCUAGCUAGGAAAGAUCAGACAGAGGCCCUGAGAAAGGAACUUGGCUGGGAGGACUUUGAGAAUGGGUGGUAG